AUGAGUCUUUCAACUGAAGUUGCUGAGGCAUACAAUGUCCUUCCUAAUCUAGAUCUGCUCAUUCCUUAUCUUCUGAGAGAAGGCACUGCAUUUUCAGCUUCAUCCUUAGCAAUGGUGCCUGGCACACCUAUUCCGCCUAUGCUUGCAAGGUAUGAUGGUCAGCGUGCCCAGAUUCACAAACUACCUGAUGGAUCCGUGCGAAUAUUUUCAAGGCAAAUGAAAGAAUCAACUUCCAGAUUUCCUGAUCUUGUGAACAUGAUUAAGGAGCUGUGCAAGCCUGAAGUGUCCAGCUUUAUACUGGAUGUUGAGGUGGUGGGAAUUGACAGGAAGAAAGGAAACAAGUUGAUGUCGUUCCAAGAGCUAUCUUCAAGAGAAAGAGGGAACAAGCAUUCCUCAAUUUCAAUAGAGAACAUAAAGGUUGACAUUUGUGAGUUUGUUUUUGACAUCAUGUUCCACGGUGGAGAGAGGGCUUUAACAGUUUUCUGCUCCUGCAGGCUACUGGAUUGCCCUCUUCGACAAAGAAGAAAGUACAUUCAUGACUUGUUCCAGGAGAAGCCAGGAUAUUUUGAGUUAGCUCAGCAGCUAACUGUAGAAGCCAACGAAGCUUCACCAGACAAUUCUAGCACUUUAGCUAGGAUGAACACAUUUUUCAAAAAUGCAUGCCAGUCUUCUUGUGAGGGUAUAAUGUUAAAGACUUUGGAUGUCGAUGCUGGAUACUCUGCUUCCAAACGCUGCGAUUCAUGGUUAAAGGUCAAGCGUGACUAUGUGGAAGGCUUAGGUGAUAGCCUUGGCUUAGUUCCAAUUGGUGCAUGGUACAGCCCUUUUCUCAUGGCAUGCUACAACCCUGAAACUGAAGAGUUCCAAAGUGUAUGCCGUGUUAUGUCUGGUUUCUCAGAUGAGUUCUAUAAAGAGAUGAAGGAGUUUUAUUCGGGGGAAAGGAUACUGCCCAAGAAGCCUGUUUACUACAAAACAGAUGAGCAACCUGAGCUGUGGUUCACCGCAGAACAAAUUUGGGAGAUUCGAGGUGCAGACCUGACGUUGUCCCCUGUUCACCAAUCACCAUGCGGCCAUUGGGCUUGUCCAUCCAUCGCGCGGCAUCUCAGUGAGGAUGCCCAGUUUUUUGUAUACAGAACGAACCAGGGUGAAGCACCCCACUGGUGA